AUGUGGAAGCCGUCGGAGCGCUUGAUGGAAAUCAUCACGCAUUAUGCCAGCUUCCCCGCAACCGGUGUCUCGUUGAGGCAGAUGGUCCAGUUUGGUGACCUACCCUCUACUGGUAUGCAUUGUCGUGAAAUAAAAUUAGAACGUCUACUCAUUCAAUCAGGAACUCUUUUCCGUGCUUCACAGUUCCUAUCUGAGGAGCUUCCUAUCCGCCUGUCGCACCGGGUCCAAGACCUGGGUGAGUUGCCUGAUGGACUCAGCGAGAUGCCCUCCAUUAAGAAAGUCCAGGACUGGUACGCGCAGUCAAUCGAGGAAAUAAUAAAUCUCCCCCGUCCCUCCCUGACACAAGAAGUCAAAGCCCGUCUGCUGCGACCGAGUCGUAAUAAUCCAAACUUCUCCAAAAUCCUCUCGGAAACAAUUCCGAACCCCAGUAUCCGCGAAGGUCAGUACCGGUCCUUGCCUUCUUCGAUUAUCCAGCCCAGCAGCGGAAAAGCCGCUGCGGCUGCAGGACGGCGAUACUUUUACCCUUCAGAUGACUACGCGGAUUGGCCUCCGGAGCUGAACGAUUACAAUAAAAGAUUUGCCAAGACUCUAGAAGGUAUCAAGCGACGACAUGACGGUGUUGUGACCACUGUCGCACAAGGUAUCCUUGAAUGGAAGCGGGUGCGGCAGCGCAUGCAGAUCGACUCGACGAUCCAGUCGUUUUUGGAUCGCUUCUACAUGUCACGAAUCGGUAUACGAAUGUUAAUUGGCCAACACAUCGCACUCACUCAACAAUCAAACGUCAAACAUCCUCAUUAUGUCGGCAUAAUUUGUACCAAGACCAACGUUAAGGAUAUCGCACUGGAAGCUAUCGAUAAUGCUCGGUUCGUCUGUGAGGAUUACUUCGGUCUGUUUGAGGCGCCCAAGGUGCAGCUGGUCUGCAGGGACGACUUGAACUUCAUGUAUGUCCCCGGCCACCUGUCGCACAUGCUCUUCGAGACCCUUAAAAACUCGCUACGUGCGGUCGUUGAACACCACGGAACCGAUCGAGACUCUUAUCCAGUAACCAAAGUGAUCGUAGCUGAGGGUAAAGAGGACAUCACCAUCAAGAUCUCUGAUGAAGGUGGCGGUAUCCCCCGAUCUGCGAUCCCUCUCGUGUGGACCUACAUGUACACGACGGUGGAGCAAACCCCGAACCUGGAACCAGACUUUGAUCAGAGUGACUUCAAAGCGCCAAUGGCCGGUUUCGGCUACGGAUUGCCCAUCAGUCGGCUCUACUCGCGCUACUUUGGAGGCGACCUCAAACUAAUCAGCAUGGAGGGAGACGGCCGGGCCCGGUUCACAACCUCGCACCGCCUGCACCCCUUGUACUUUGAACCGGAUCAUCAACCCGCGCCAUCUCGAGGACUGACGCUAAUGAAUGCCCAAAGCAUGCGCUCCAGAAUGCGUAGCCGCGAAGUCUCCGAACGUAAGCAGGUCGGAGACACAGAGAGUAUGUUCAACAAAGAGCCACGACGACGAGAGGAAGAGCAGAUGUAA